CGAUAAGAACGUCUUUGUGACUGAGAUAACGCUUCUGAUUUCAGAAUAUCUUACCAUAUACUCACAAUCAGCUAUGUUUUUAAAGAUUGUGUUUCAUGUGACCAGACCAUUUGGCGCUUUUGAAAAUCAAUCGGAGCAAACCAGCCACACAAAUGUAAAAUUCGUCGUAAUCACAACAAGUUCCAGUUCUUAUUUCGUGAAUGAAGAUCAGGCAAUUCAACGCAUGACAUUGUUACGAUAACUGAAAGGGACUUCAAUGAAUUUAGUCAUAUAAACGACAUUAAACGCAACCGCGAUAGCAGGAUAUACCGCUUGAAAUGAAAGAAGACGCCAACCCCGACGUUACGGACGAGAAGCCCGGAUCGGUGCUGUACGGCGUCGAGGACGUGCCGUCACCCCCACUGACGGUCUUGUUCGCACUACAGCAAGCAAUUAUGUGCAUUGGCGGCGUCCUGUCCAUCCCAUUCAUCAUUUCCGGUCUGAUAUGCGCAGGCGAUAUGCCGGAAGUGACGGCAAAACUUCUAAGCGUCACGCUAUUUAUGUGCGGGGUUGUCACCUUGAUACAGACAAUGUUUGGUGUCAGGCUGGGCAUUAUCCAGGGAGGUUCCCACACAUUCAUUGCCCCAAUUGUUGCCAUGAUGUCGGUGGCGAAAUGGAAAUGUCCCAGCGAUGAGAUACUGGCAAAUGCUACGGUUGCAGACCGCGAGGAGAUGUGGCAAUCUAGAAUGAGAGAGAUCCAGGGCAACCUUGUAGUCGCUUCGCUGACACAGCUUAUACUCGGCUGCACGGGCAUCCUGGGCUUCCUUAUUCAGUUUAUCGGACCGCUCACCAUCGCUCCCACCAUCUCCCUCAUCGGCCUCUCGCUCACCGGCGUCGUUGUCGGCUUCACUAGAAUCCACUGGGGAAUCUCCUGUCUCGGGAUGGCCUUGACCCUGCUCUUCACAUUGUAUCUCGGGAAGGUCAAGGUACCUGUUCCAGGAUGGAGCCGAAAACGGAGGUGCCACAUCAUCCCAUACCCACUAUUUCAGCUUUUCCCGGUGAUACUAAGUAUCUGCAUCACGUGGCUGUUCUGCCACAUCCUGACGGUGACGGACGUGUUGCCUAACAACGCCACACUUCCGGCUUACAAGGCGCGGACGGACGCGCGUCUGGGCGUCUUGCAGCGAGCGCCUUGGUUUACAUGGCCAUAUCCAUUUAUGUUCGGAACUCCGACUGUUAGUGCCGGCGGUUUCGUCGGCAUGCUCGCCGCCACGAUAAGUUCCAUCAUCGAGUCUGUAGGAGACUACUAUUCAUGUGCCCGGAUAUCCGGCGCUCCGCCCCCGCCGACACACGCCAUCAACAGGGGCAUCGCUAUGGAGGGGCUCGGCAGCAUCGUUUCCGGUCUGGUGGGAGCCGGUCACGGUACCACGUCUUACAGCGGAAACAUCGGGGCCAUCGGUAUUACAAAGGUCGCCAGCCGAGUGGUGUUUUUCACAGCCGGACUGAUCCUGCUACUCUGCGGCGUGGUAGGCAAGUUCGGGGCGGUGCUUACUCUCAUUCCAGACCCCGUUAUCGGCGGAACUCUCGCCGUAUUGUUUGGCAUGGUGGCGGCCGUGGGCAUAUCCAUCCUGAAGUUCGUUGACCUCGACUCCACUCGCAACCUGACAAUCAUCGGCAUAUCGCUGCUGCUUGGACUGAUGAUCCCGCAGUACGUCAACGACCCCGCAAACGCCGGCAUUAUCGACACAGGGUACAGCGAGUUGGACCAGGUGAUAUCGGUCCUGCUAGGUACAGCGAUGUUUGUCGGUGGCGGGGUAGGCUGCUUUCUGGACAACACUGUGCCGGGCACCCCGGCAGAACGUGGCAUCCUUACCUGGCGUCGUAACCUCGCGGCGGAAAACUCGAUCCAUAAUAAGGACUCGACGAUGUACGAUCUUCCGUUAGUUUCCGACCGUUUCCGGAGGACUCCGUUUUGCUCUUACGUGCCCGUUUCACCUUCGUUCAGCAAAGAAGUGCACUUGAAUUGCCGAAAGUGUUGCAAGCGCAAUAAUACCUUAAAGAGUUCUGAUAAAAAUGGUACCAGUGUAGAUAACCAUGCUUUCGAUAAUGAUAUAUCGAUGAAUGAUUUAGCAAAUGUGACUCAUACUGGCACGCAAAUGUGACAGGGCAAGUAAAGUCAAACGUUAACAAUGAAGUGAGUAAUAUUUUACUUGAACUAUUUAUGGCAGUUCAACAUCCACGAAUGUCGUUACUUUCGCAUUAUAAGAUUGUAUAUGCUUACAGUUCAACGUUAGCAAAUCUAAACGGAUGAUAUGCUUUUAUGACCGAAUAUUGUUUCAACAAGAGCUGUCAGAGGACAGCGCGCUCGACUAUUCGAGUGCUUGACAGUAUAACGUAAGCCUUUAUGGCGAAAUUGUUUAUAUUCAAUAAUUUAUUAGACGAUCUUUAAAAAAUAUAAAAAAAAAAUAAAAAUAUUAUUUU